UGUCCUUGAGACACAUCUGAUUUCUAUGGUGUCUGAGUGGCCUAAACAAACCGCUGGAAAUGUGCAGUGGAAUAGUGGAGCGAAAACUAAAAGUCAUCGUCGUUAUCAGCAUCUGUGGUGGAGAAAAGUAUGACCACGAUGACUAACUGCCGUACGAUCUGUUAUGUAAUGUACAAAUGGCGAUGAAUUAUGAGCAGGAAUUCUGGAAAUAGUAAUCACUGAGCACCUUGCCGCCACGCAUAAUAUGCAAUCCUGGUAGAAACACGUUACUCGUAUGUCUGUUACCAUUUGCGGAGGUAAAAAACUACGCGGUUCAAUUGUUCCCAAUCGGCAGGAAAAAGUAUUUCUUCGUGCUUCGAAACACAAUAGAAAAACUCCAAACUAGCUACAUAAAUCAAAACAAGACAAAACAAACAACGAUGGGACUGCUGAGCGAGGGAAGCCCACUGAGCUGGGAGGAGACGAAAGCGUUGGCACAGCACGUACGCGAGCAUGGAAUCGAACAGUUCAUCAACCUGUACGCACGCCUCAAGGACCGCCAGGGUGACAUCCUGAAGUGGGGCGACGAAGUAGAGUAUAUCAUUGUGCGGUUCGAUGAUGAAAAGCAAGAAACACAGGUUUCCUUGUGUGCCCGCGAAAUGCUAGCCGUGCUGAACGAGAAGGAAGCCAGCGAUCCCCAAGGUGUUAAGUCUCUCUGGCGUCCGGAGUACGGUGCGUAUAUGAUUGAAGGCACCCCGGGAAAACCGUACGGCGGUCUGUUGGCUCAUUUUAAUGUUGUGGAAGCCAAUAUGCGCUAUCGUCGCAUGGAAGUUGCUGAGUUGUUGGGGCCAGGUGAACAUGUGAUGUCAAUUACCAAUUUUCCACGAUUGGGAUGUCCCAAUUUCACUUACCCCCCGGCUAAGCUCAACCCUGACGACGAAACGAGCGCUGCACGAUCGCUUUACUUUCCCGAUGAGGCUAUAUUCCCAGGACAUCCACGGUUCAAAACACUCACCCGGAACAUUCGUCAGAGACGUGGCGAAAAGGUAUCCAUCGAUUUGCCAAUUUUCCGCGAUAAGAACACAGUGAUUCCCGUCGAGGGAAGUUUGCCGGACAAGCCAGACUGCGUGCAUAUGGAUGCAAUGGGCUUCGGCAUGGGCUGUUGCUGCUUGCAGUUAACAUUCCAAGCUUGUAACAUUACCGAAGCGAGAACGCUGUACGAUCAGUUGACUCCCAUGUGUCCAAUCAUGUUGGCCCUGACCGCCGCCAGUCCUGCCUAUCGAGGAUAUCUUACCGAUGUUGAUUGUCGCUGGAAUGUUAUUUCCGCCUCGGUGGACUGUCGAACGAAAGAAGAGCAAGGGCUGCUACCACUGAAGAAUGAUCGUUUCCGAAUCUACAAGUCGCGUUACGAUUCGAUUGAUUCGUAUCUAUCUCCUGCCGGUGAAAAGUAUAAUGACGUGCCUUUAGUGCUGGAUGAAGCGCUCUACAAACGACUCCGCGACGGCGACAUCGAUCACCUACUCGCGCAGCACAUUGCGCAUCUCUUCAUUCGCGACUCGGUGUCGCUGUUCAGUGAAAAGGUUCACCAAAAUGACGCAGAAGAUACCGAUCACUUUGAGAACAUUCAGUCCACCAAUUGGCAAACCAUGCGAUUCAAACCGCCACCACCGAAUUCACCCAUCGGUUGGCGCGUUGAGUUCCGACCCUGUGAAGCCCAGCUUACAGAUUUCGAGAAUGCCGCCAUCGUCUGCUUUGUGGUUCUGCUCACCAGGGUGAUACUUUCCUACCAGCUGGAUUUCCUAAUCCCAAUCAGCAAGGUGGAUCAGAACAUGCAAACCUCCCAGAAGCGGGGUGCUGUGCUGACAGAAAAGUUUUGGUUCAAGAAAAACAUCACCGGAACUGGCGGCCCGAAGACCGUCAUCGGUUCAGAGACUCAGCCAAACGUUGAGAUGAACAAUCACGGUACCGAAAAUGACUCCAGCGAAAGUGAAAAUAACACCGACGGAGAGUACGAACUGAUGACGAUCGAUCAAAUUAUCAACGGGAAAGAAGGUGGUUUCCCUGGAUUGGUUCCACUGAUUCAUAGCUAUCUCGGCUCGAUGGACGUGGACGCCGAUACGCAUUGUACCAUUCAGCAGUAUCUGAAAUUGAUUCAAAAACGAGCAUCGGGAGAGUUACUUACGACGGCCUCAUGGAUCCGGAAGGAGAUUACCGGGCACCAAGACUAUAGACAAGACUCAGUGGUAAGCGAGCGCAUUUGCUACGAUCUGCUGAGGAAAGCGAAGGACAUCCAGGACGGUGUUCGGUCCUGCCCAGAGCUACUGGGCGCAAAUGUGGGCUCGAAAACCACCGACAACAUUCCACCGGCAAUCGAGAAACAUCUCACCAAACGAUGUUGUUAAUAGUGUGUGUGUGUGUGUGUGUGUGUGUGUGUGUUUAGUGGGUAGCUGUGUAUAUGUUGUGCACCUUUCGCUACUGUCCAAAUUCUCUCUUUUUCCAAGGGAAUGUGCAUUCAGAGUGAUAUGCAAAAUGAAAAAAAAGAUGGUUUUAAUCACUACAUAAAAUGUUCUAAUCAAAAUUACCUGUACAAUACCGCACAUGUGGAUAAGGUUGUGUUAGGAUUCGUUUUCAAAACAGUCGGCGGCCGAUAUUGAAUCAGUUACGUGUAGCUUCAAGCAACUUAUUUACAACUUCAUCGCUCAGUUUUCGGCUACUUCAGAAUUUGUCUAUUAUUGCAUGGCAACGAGUUAAGGUUCGAAAUCGGGGGAAAUUGAAACAUUUAUAUUUACAAUAAAGGUGAACCUGAUGAACAGUUUAGCAUGUAAGACUUCUCUGGGUCACGUUGCAUAAAAGUAUUUGACUUUAUUAGAUGUACAAUUUAGCGAAAUGCAGGAGGUGACUCACGCAUUUGCAACUGAUAAAUCAAUAAAGGGAACAUUCAGUGUGGCCAUUAAGAAUAUUUGUUGAAAAAAAAUCCCAAAGGGCUUCUGUUUACAAUUCAUUAUAGGAGGGCAUUAUCAACAAUUCAUAGUCGCACAAUCAUAAUUAUAAGUGUGGUAUGUAAAGUAGAUAAAUGUAUGGAUAAUAUGAGAAAACUGA